AUGCUGUUUUUCUAUGUUAUAGCUCCAGGGAAGAUAGCCAAUCUUCGUGUAAAACGCCGGUCAGGAUUGGUAGUCCAUUUGGCUUGGAAUGAAACACGAACAACUAUAAACGGCAAACCAGAUACGUCUGACAUAUGUUACUUGAUUCGAUACAGGGAGCUUGCUAACUCAGCGACAAGGCAAAUCAAGCGAUACACAAAUCAAGCUUCGCUGCAUCUCCUUGCAAACUCAAGGUAUGCCAUAGAUGUGCGAGCAUACAAGAAAUUCAUCCCACUUGCGGUUGGACCUUGGUCGGACGAAUUAACUCUUCAAACUAAUGAAUCCGGUGAGUAUUGGGCUUCCCAGGGGUCCGUUUCUAGAAAGUCCAGGUCAAUUUUAGGGUCCGAAAUCGAAUAUUCAAAUAAAGAUCUUAUACCAAGGAUUUCAGUUAGUACGCAGUCCCCAAGAUUUAUGGAGAAACCUUUUCCUGGGUAGAAGGAUCACUCGCCUACCUGGGCUACCCCAGGCGAGCCAACUUUUCCUUCAUUUUCUUACAAAACUUGGCGAACCGUUGAAAUGAAAAACAAACUCGGGAAGAAGGAUUGCCCUCCUAGCAGGGUCUGGAAGGGGUUUCGAAUGAUCCGUGAAUUUACCGGUUAAUAGAGCGUGAAUCGGGAAAACUCAUGAAAUACAGUCGUGAUUCGGGAAUCAUCACGCAGAAUGAGUGAACGUCAUUAGCUAUUCAUGACCGCCAAAGCGGCAAAUUCGAAUGUAGGAGCGCUUUCACUAAGCUCUGAAUAAGAGAAGAAAGGGCCUCUUUUGGCCCACCAGCGUCAACAAAACUCAUUCGCACGACUUCGUUAGCUGCAUUGAAAAUGAAUGAUAUAUGAAUGAGUUAAGCAAAAGAAAUAAGCGUUUUACGAAGUAGAGGAACUAUCCCUUUUAAAACUGCUGAAAAACGGACAUUUUUUGUAUGGAAGCUGACUUUGAGCGCGAUUUCCGGAAACCAGCAACAAAAUCUUUUAAACCACAGACGGAAUGUGUUAGAUUGGUCUUUCAUUAAGCAGAAUACGUUUAAACGUUUAAAAUUUAUUGGCAAGAACUACUAUCCCUGUGAGUUUGAAAAAGUCUGGUAGAAACGUAGUCUACUUAAAGACCAGGAAGCUAUUGUUUUAAGUCUAGUAGGAAUAACAAUGGCUGUCAAAACUAACAAUACGCAAUUGAAAACCACUCGGUUAUGAAGUAAGCCAUUAGCUGUUGCCGCGAACUUUAAAAUAUCUACAAGCCGCUCGACUAAAAUUAUUAACCUAAUAAUCCAAAUAAUCCAAGCAUUUGGGCUUCACUUGAGAAAUGAAUAGAACAAGUAAAAGUUUACUCAUUGACUUAGUAAAUAUUUAACAAUUAUUCCGCGAGCCUGAAUGGGCUCUGAGUCAAUAAACCAAGAGGCCGAAGGCCGAAUGGGCUAUUGACUCAGAGGCCACGAGGGCGAGAGGAAUAAUUGUUUUAGUAAAAUCCAACUACUUGGUCAAAACUAUCGAGAAUGAAAAAAUUUUAUCUUGUUAAAGCUAGACUUUAAUCCUUUUUUGCCGCCAAAAAGCCCGCGCUUUUCGCUACUAGUGGGCUAUAACAUAUAGCCUAGUAGUAGCUCAACCAAUCAGAACGCCGCAUUGAUAAUAGACCACUAGUUGGAUUUUACUAAAUAGUAUAAUUAUAUUCACUGUGACGCGUGAUCCUCCAAAACAUCGUAGUCCGUGAAUCGAGAUUUCUACCGAUAAAACAGAAAUAAGUGUCGUGAUGACGAGGGUUCACAGUUAAACCACGUAGAAGUAAAACUUGUAGAGCUUCGAUUUUAUAGCAAUAAAAUUCAUUGCCAGUAAAAUUUGUAGUCGUUAAACAAAAAGUAGAGCAUCGCCAGUUUCAUCACCAUACUUUUUGAUUCAAACCGAUCACAGGGUCAUUUAAGAAUAACUCUUGCCUGAGUAGUCCAGCAACCACUAAGAAUCAUUGAUGGACUUGAUUAGUUCGUUACCUAAUCACGUGAUUCGUGAAAUGACUCCAAAAGGGGGAACGUGAUUCGUCAAUGUACGGAAAUUUAACCCGUGAUUCGAGAUUCAGACACCCCCUUCCAGACCCUGUCCUAGCCGGGUCACUUUUUUUCGAUGGUAGUGUCACCCGUCUAGGCGGGCUACCGUUUCUCCGUAUAAACGCUUUGGCUCGCCCAGCCGGUUCAACUCGGUCGAGGCAAGGUAAUCAGUUCAUGCGCGAGCACUGUUGUCAGCUCCUAGCUCGGGCAAAGGGGUCAAUGUUUUUCUCAUUAGACAGCUUGAGAUUCGAGGACGACAUUCAAUCAGAAGUUUUCUCGUCUAUUCUCUAAAAAUAGACACCCCGGAAAGCUUCUUUGUACUUUUUUUUUUUUUCACCACAAAAGUUAGUACGCUUAUUUCCGUUGAAGGAGUUCAAGCCCUCUUCAGAUCGUUAAAUGAUGAAAUUCCUACUAUUUGAUAACUUGUUUUCGCCACUACGAUAUUCUCGCUAAAACUCGUAUUAGAAUGACGACGGCUAUCACGUUUUCCCGCAAGAAUGACGUUGGUUCGCGCGCGUGCGCCACUUAGUAAAUGGGAAAAUCUCGUUCUAUAAUAAUAAUAAUAAUAACUUUAUUUCUAUAGCGCUCUUAUCCUAUGUUCAAGGCGCUUUACAGUCAUGUAAACAACAUUAUUGAAAAAUAUUUACAAGUUUACAACCAUAUCCUAUUAUAUUUACAAUGAGUAAAAAAGGAAAAACUAAAGCAACUAUUAAACCAUUUCAUUCAUAAUGAUAAAAAAGGGAAAAAUUAAAACUAACGCAAUAUAUACAAAUCUAUGAAAACAAUGAUCCGUUAUUACUGAAUUUAGUAAACAAGUACGUCUUAACUGAUCUUUUGAAACUCGAGAUGGUGUUGGACUUCCGAAUUUCAUAAGGUAUUAAGUUCCAUUCUCUUGGUGCAUGAACAGCGAAUGCUCUAUCUCCGUAGGUCUUGGUAUACGAUCUAGGUUGCAUUAAAAGUUCAUUACUAACAGACCUCAAUGAUCUAGUAUGAGAACGAUAAUGUAGUUUCUGAGCUAAAUAGCUAGGCAAUGUCCCAUUCAGUGAUUUAUACACGAGGAGCAGGAUCUUGAAAAUAAUACGAUAUUGAAUCGGUAGCCAGUGAAGCUCACACAAAACAGGUGUGAUAUGCUGAAACUUACUCACUUGCAACACAACUCUAGCCGCCGUGUUUUGUACAUACUGCAAUCUUUGUAACUGAUACUUAGGUAGGCCGUAUAGUAAUGCAUUACAGUAAUCUAGUUUCGAUUUGACAAAUGCAUGAACAGCAACUUCUGCUGAUUCUUUAGUGAAAUACUUCCUAAUUCUAGAUAGGUUCCUGAGAUGAUAAAAUGAUGAUCUGCAGAUGCUAGACACAUGUGCAUGAAAAGACAUGUGCUCAUCAAAGAUAACACCAAGACUCCUAGCCGACUGAGAGGCAGCCACGCUCUCAUCACCGACACAUAAGGACUGAAAGGAUGGAGAGGGACGAUACUUUGAGUGGAUGAGCAUGACCUCCGUCUUGUCAUGGUUUAGCUUCAAUUCGUUGAGAUCCAUCCAGUGACAUAUUGCAGAAAUGCAGUUCUCGACCCUCGAUUUAGCAGCGUCCACAUCCACCGAUUUGAAUGCAAAGUAUAAUUGAGUAUCGUCGGCGUAUAGAUGAUAAUCUAAGCCAUAAGAUCUUAUCACUUUAGCAAGUGGCGCAGUGUACAGAAGGUAGUGUACAGGUCCCAGAACUGAACCUUGGGGAACACCCACGGGAAGAUCUCGUACCGUAGAAUUCGCCUCAUUGAUGUUUACAAACUGAGUUCUUUGAGGAAGAUAAGAAUCGAACCAUUGCAGUACAGUUCCUCUGAUGCCAAAUGAUUUCUGCAGUCGUGCCAGCAGCAAGGAAUGGUUAACGGUAUCAAAUGCUGCCGACAGAUCCAAUAAAACAAGGAAAACAUUCUCGCCCUUAUCCAAUGACAGCAUAAUGUCAUUUGUAACAGUGAGAAGUGCAGUCUCGGUGCUGUGAAAAAUCUUGUACGCUGAUUGAAGAGGCUCGUGUAGAUCAUUUUCGCCAAGAUAGCUAUUCAAUUGCACAAACACUGUUUUCUCUAUCAAUUUAGAUAGGAACUUUAAAUUUAAUACAGGGCGAAAAUUACUAAACUGCUCAAAGUCUGCAUUUAAUUUCGUAAGAAUAGGUGAUAGCAGCGCUACCUUAAGUUCCCUGGGCAACAAUCCAGAUGACAAUGACAAAUUUAUCACGCUUCUAAAAUAUAGGGACAAGACUAGAAAAGCAUUUCCGCAUGUUACUCGCUGGAAGUGGAUCCAGUGCGCAUGCCUUAAUAGUUAAACCCCUAAUCAACCCUAAGACGUCUUCAUCUGUUACCAUUGUGAACUCGCUAAAGCAUGACGUACACUCAAAAUCCUCCAUGGUGCGAUCCCCCCAUCUGCUCUUUUCUAAUCAGUAACUCAUCACGAAUUCGCACAAUCUUGGCACUAAAGAAAUCAGCAAAGGCAUUUGCGUGUUCUUGGUCACUGUUCGCAGACGGAUGUCUUUUGUCUAUGCUCCUUUGCAACAAUUUAUCAACUGUGCGAAAAAGUAAUUUACUAUCAUGGGCAUUUUCCUGAAUAACUGCUGAAUAAUGCUGUUCUUUCGCUUUGUAGAGCAUAUCAUUCACAACAUUGCACUGUUCCAUAUAAUUUACCCUGUCAAUUUCAAGACCAGUCGAACGACGCCAUUUACGUUCAAGCCUUCGCCUUUUCCUCUUCUGAGUAGCGAUCUCCUCAUUAUAUACCAAGGAGCAUUAGAUCGAAUGACAACAGUGCGAGUUCUUUUAGGUGCCAACUUGUUCAAAGCCUUGCAUAACACCUCAUCAUACUCCUUCGCCAAUGACUCAACACUUUGCGAGAUACACCCGUCUGACAAACCAGACGAUCCAAUCAUCUCAUUGAAAGCAUCAAAAUCAAAUCCCUUUAAUUUACGAGAGACAACAGGCCUCCUCUCAUUUAAUGGUUUCCGUAAAUUCAAAUUAAAGCAAACAGCCUUAUGAUCCGAGAUAAACUGUUCCAUGACUGUGACAUUCUUUAGGCCUAAGGCACCCUCAGUCUCAUUCCUUGUAAUGACCAAGUCCAAUAUAUGACCUCGUUGUCGUAGUCGUUCUCUUCUUAUAAAGUGAAAAACUGUAAUGACUGGCCAAUGAGGGCCCCCUUCUUUCCCGGAACAACGUUUCUCCAUAUAAACGCGGCCAAAGGAAUAAGAGCGCGAUAAUAAUAAUAAUAAUAAUAAUAAUAAUAAUAAUAAUAAUAAUAAUAAUAAUAAUAAUAAUAAUAAUAAUAAUAAAAAUAAUAAUAAUGAUAAUGAUAAUAAUCUGUGAACUUAUUGUGCGCAGCUUAAUAUGAGAAUGAUCAGCUGCGCAUUACAACUACAUUACUUUACAAGAAACAAAUAAAAGAUAAUGCAGUUAAAAAAUUUUAAAAAAAAUAAAUGAAAAGAUAAACAAUAAAAAAAAACAAUAAAAAGAAUAUAUAUGCAUGCAAGUAAGAACUGAAUAUAAAAUUGUUCACCAAUAUAAAGUUUUAAAAAGAUAAGUCUUAAUAUGCGCCUUAAAACUGUUCACAUUAGUAAUCGCACGAAGUUCUUUUGGAAGAGAGUUCCAGAGCGUUGGCGCUGCUACCAUAAAAGCUCUAUCACCUAACGUCUUCCAUCGAACAGCUGGCACAGAAAGUAAAAUACUACCUGAAGAUCUAAGGUUAUAUAAGGACGAUUGAAAUGUUAGUAAAUCGAAUAGAUAUUUAGGAGCAAGGCCGUGAAUUGCUUUGAACGUAAUAAGCAGUAUCUUAAAUUGUAUCCGGGAUUUAACAGGAAGCCAAUGCAGACCACGAGGAAAGUCUGCAUUUAUCAUAUUAUCUGCAAUACUAUUGAAACCUUGAUCCUGGAUGUAAGCAACAACAGCUUUCCGGGCCCGUCAAUUAUUGCGAUUUUCGGGAAACGGGCCUGUCCUGGUAUUUAAGAAGGAAAUUCAAGGCUGCUUUGUAAAAUGGGCUUGAAAAUAGUAACUAAAAAUACUUAUCUUCUCCUAAUUUUUUGUUAUAUUUCUUUUGCGCCCGAUACCGUUUGCUUUUCAACUUAUCUUAGACCGUGAAGGAGAUCAUUGUUUUUUAUUAUUAUUUUCAGUCCCAAGUAGGCCACCUUCAAAUGUCAAAGCUGUUUCCAAUACACCCUCGUCGAUAACCGUCUCUUGGGACCCAAUACCCGCGAAUGGACAAAAUGGCAUCAUUCAAGGAUAUGUGGUAUUUUACCGUGAUCAAAGUUCGUCCUCAUGGACCGAGAGCGAUGUCAAGCUGGAUUAUUCCCUCGAACUGACAAAUCUGGUAACUGGAAAGCCUUACACCGUUUGUGUUGCGGGGUAUACGAAAGUGGGACGAGGAGUGAAGUCACCUGAGAUACGAAACAUUGUUGUUGGAGGUAAAAUUUAUUUCCUUUGCAAGAAAGGUCCUUAGUGUAAAAUUGUACCAAACGCAUAGUCCCCGUUUUUAUGACGCAGAUAAAAAUGUCAUUUACGACUGGAUACAUUAUUACUCCGCCGCUAAGAGACAGAAAUUUCCAAAUUUGGGCUAAACAGUUUCUAACUUAAUUGGUUAAUUAGCGCAAACUUAGGCUUUUUAGACUCAUGGUUCUUGUUUUCUGAAGAAAAAAAUCCCAUUCACCAUUCACACAUUGCCCAUAACUAGGCUUCAAGAGAUUGUGCUCGCAAAAGUAGCAGAACAUCCUACUAGCAGUGCUCGUAUAUUUCAAUCUAAAUUAUGCUUAGUGUUAUUAAAUUAUGCUCAUUUUAGUAAAAAAUGCAGAAAUUGGGCUUUUACUUUUUACUUAAUUAAAUUUGGUUGAAGCACCUCAAUAACUAUGCAACAAACAAGUAAAUGGCAAACACGCUUACCCUAUUAACAUCUACAAACUUUAAGAGUGCAUAAUUCAUUGUCUGACAAUUAUGUAAAUAUAAACAAAGCGAAGAAUUUUACAACCAGCACGCGGACGCCAUUUUGGGAAACCGAGCUAGUUAUCCGCAUGCGUUGAGUCCUAUGGAAAGAGUCCUGGGUCACUUCCAAAGGGACCCAGUUCCCAUGAAUGUGACCAUAAGCAGACAAAAAACUCUGGUCAAAAAAGCAAUAAACGAUAAAUUUAUGUUGCAAAACUAAUCAAAAGUGCAAAUUAUGCUAGCAGUGCUUUGUUCGGACAAUAGAUCUGUUGACUUAUGCUCGUGAAGAAGAAUCUAUCAAAGCCUACCCAUAACACACCUUGUUUUCCGCCCCCCCCUCUCCACUGCCCCGCUCCUCGAAACAAAAAAGCUUUCAUGACCCUUACUGCCGUAGUUGCAAAUAAUACUUAUUAUCCUUAAAACAGAAAAAAAACCUUCGUUUGGUUCUCUAUUGAUUUGGACAGUCUGAAAGGUAAUAUUGCCGCGAAGUUCCAAUAUUGUGAUUGGAUUCAUCGUGAUCGCGCUCAAAUAGCCUUCAUAGCAAGAGUUUCUGUGCUCGUCGUCGAAAAAGGUGGGACGAGAGUAACAAAUUAAUUGCAGUCACCGACGGUUUACUCGAGUUAUGUGGGCUUUCAACCUUUUGCCAAUUUCACUGCGUAACGGGUCGCGUGCUGGUCGUGUAAGUUGCUUUUUACAGUUUUUUUUGUUUUGUUUAGGCCAACUUAAAACCACGAAAAAGACCGUCAUGCCAACAACGCGUAAGUAUUGUAUUGUUCAAAGUUUUACUUAAUUAAUCAUACAUUCCAUUCUUUGAUUGUCAGGUGCUCUAACUUGCAAUUUUAUCGUUGUGCGACACGGCUUUGCCAGUGGAUAUGAUGUGAUCGUGAAAUUACCAGUGAAUAGUACGACAUUCGAAUAAGCAAUGAGGAGAGGGGCCUCUGUACGAGUCACUGGUAAAAGUCUGGAAAUCUGCACUUCUAUAGUCUUAAAAUUCACUAUUUGGGCAACACGCAAAGCAACACGUCUGGUUUCAAACUUUGCGCAACAACUCCGACCAGCACGCAACAACGUGUAGCAGGGUGUGGACGCAACAUGUAACAUCCAACAAUGUUGGAAGUUUUUGGGCAACAAUCUUGCGUCUGUUUGCACAAGCUGAAAAGGUUCCAUUCUUAAACACAGAGCCAGAUACAUGUAGGAGUUAAAGUAACUUUAAGUUGUCAUUGGUUCCUUUCUUUUUAAGGUCUUCGCUACUGCUGCUUUCUUUAUUUCCUCAUGCAUAGCCCUGAGCGGUAGCUCGAUGGCGUAAAUAUUCGCGGUCCGUCUUGAUGACUGUAUUAAAAAUUGAUACCAACAUUUAUAAUUUACAACUGACGUACCUUAAUGAGACGACAAAUUCUUCCGCCGUCUCAAAUGGGAUUCCUCCCGAGACAAUCGCUCUAAGUCAAUCACUACGUUAAUAUUUGAAGGCUUUCGAAGCUCAAUGAAAUUAAUUUCUUUGCCUGAUUUUUUUCACAGUAAUAUCAACAAGCACAAUGAAGAAAACAACAAAGCUGAGUUCCAAGUCUUCUACAUUAACUCCAAAAACAGGUAAGUGCUGCCCAUGAAUGCAAGUCUAUAUAAGGUCUAGGCCAAUCGUCGAACUUCUCAUGACACCGCGAACCAAACUCUGAUUUAGGUGGACCUAAAUUGAGACCGUCUGUUGGGUCAGACGUCGAACUUAGGACGCCUCAAAACGAUCAACUUAAUCAGACCAAAAAGUAAUUUUAGCCGGCCAGUGAUAAAUUUUCUCCUGAACGAGGCUAGAUAUACAUUUCAAAUUUCUAAUUUAUUAGUUUUGUUCAUCACAUGUGAAGAUGGACGUUUGUCCGGGAGAUGAUCUUUAGACGUUCUAUCCGUCUGAAGCAGACGGAUAGAACGUAUUGGACGAUCCAAACUCAUUCAGACGAACUUAACUGGGCCGGAAGUCGAAAUUCUCUUGAACUUAACUCACUAAGUUUGGUUCACGAAAAGUUCGACGUUUGGCCCUGGCCUAACAGUUCACGUGAAUAGCUUUAAAGCUUCUCUCAGGUUACCAAAACAACAGUUCUGAUCGAAAGAUGAAAACGUUGUGUCAAACUGCGGUUAGGUGUUAUGCAGCUGGUCCCUGAUUCUGAUUACCCCCGCCCCCAUCUUCGUGACAUGUUUAAACUUCUCAGUUUUCUCAAUGACCUCUAUUCCUUACAGUUUUAUCAGACACGCCUAAGACAGAUCAUUGA